UUUACAUGGAGAAAAGCGAUACUCAAGUGACGUUUCCAACAGGGUUUGUUAAGAAAGCUGACAUAAAGGCACCGGAGGUCCGCCACGAAGUAGCCCACGGAAUACUUCCCUACGAUUUUUCAAAAUCCAUCGAACGGACGGGUGAGCCUGCUAGAACUUAUCCAUUCACUUUAGACCCUUUUCAAGAGAAGGCUAUUGCUUGUAUCGAACGAGGCGAGUCUGUUUUGAUUAGUGCUCACACCUCGGCUGGUAAGACGGUUGUCGCGGAAUAUGCUAUUGCCCUGAGUUUAAGAAACAAACAAAGGGUUAUUUAUACGAGUCCAAUCAAGGCUUUAAGCAAUCAAAAGUACAGAGAGUUGCAAUACGAGUUCAAAGAUGUUGGCUUAAUGACUGUACGCGGUGUUGUUUGGGAGGAAACUAUUAUUUUACUGCCUCAUAACGUGCACUUUGUUUUUUUGUCGGCCACAAUCCCAAAUGCACUUGAAUUCGCAGAGUGGAUAUGUAACAUUCACCAACAGCCUUGUCAUGUGGUAUACACUGAAUUUCGUCCUACACCUUUACAACAUUAUCUUUUCCCCGAUGGUGCGGAUGGCAUAUAUCUUGUAAUCGAUGAAAAUUGUCGUUUUCGCGAAGAUAACUUUCAAAAAGCAGUAGCCAUAUUGGAAAAUAAACAGGAAAAAUCGAUGUUUAACGGACGUAAUAAAAAAAAUCAGUCGGAACAAACUAACGUGUUUAAACUCAUAAAAACCUUAAUGGUGAAGAAUCUUAAUCCCGUUAUUGCAUUCGCUUUUUCAAAAAUGCAAUGCGAGAAUUUAGCAAGGCAAAUGAGCGUUAUGGAUUUCAACAACGAUGAGGAAAAGGAACUGAUAAAAAAGGUGGUGGAUAAUGCCAUCGACUUGUUGGCAGAGGAAGAUCGUGAUUUACCAUGGUUUCACAACCUUUUACCACUGCUACAACGUGGCAUCGGUGUGCAUCAUUCAGGUUUAAUACCUUUCAUGAAGGAAAUCGUAGAGCUUUUGUUCCAGGAGGGUUUAAUAAAAGUGUUGUUUGCUACUGAAACAUUUGCGAUGGGGUUAAACAUGCCUGCAAAGACAGUAGUAUUCUGCGAGAUUUCUAAGUUUGACGGUAUAAAAUCAAGAAAUGUAAGUCUGGUGAUGAACUUAUUACUAGCGAAUAGGCUUGAUGCGCGUGGUUUUGUCGUGAUGAGUGUAGAUCAUAGUAUUGAUCCUAAAGGCCUGCAGGAAAUAUUUAAGGGCGAGGCUGAUCAUUUAAUUUCAGCUUUUCAUCUAAAAUAUCAUAUGGUUCUCAACAUGUCUAGAAUCGAAGGUAUAAGCCCUGAACACAUGUUGGAGCAAAGCUUCUAUCAGUUUCAGAACGCUGCCCCUAUACCACGCUUAAAAGAAGAGUUAUCAAAGUUGAAUAAGGAAUUUUCGCAGAUUGAUAUACCUGAUGAGGAAGUAGUUGCUUUAUAUCAUAAUCUUAAAAUACUUUAUGAUGAUUAUGAUAACCGCCUAAGAGAAAUCAUAUUUGAGCCUCAAAAUUGUUUAAGUUAUGUGCAAUUUGGGCGAGUGGUCAGAGUUAAAAUCGACAACGUGGAUUUCGGAUGGGCCGCAGACAACGCAUUAUCCCAUCCCAAACAUAGACAGAAUGAGGAAGUAAAAUUUAUUGUUAGAGUGUUGUUAAAAGUUUCGGCGGAUUCGUAUACCAGCUAUGACGGAAGGGAGGUUGAUGUUAGACCUUGUCUACCGGAUCAACCAGGAAUUUGUUUGGUUACACCGGUGGAGCUAAAGGAUUUACAAGUCUUAAGCCAAUAUAGGUUUUAUCCGAGUGACGAUUUGGAACACGAUGUCACUCAAAGACAAGUAACAUAUAAAGGUGUUCAGGAUCUCAUUAAACAAAAUCCUGACGGUAAACCUUUGGAUCCUAUAGAACACAUGAAGAUCAAAGAUGAAAGGCUAGAGGAUUUAAUUCGAAAAUUGGAAGUGAUCAAAUCUCAACUUAAGCGAAAUCCGACUGCCAACAAUCCCACAAUCUAUGAACGUUACCUCAAGAAACUCACAGUAAAAGAAAAUAUUUUAGAUGUUCAGAAAAAGCUCCGGAAUUCUGAAUUAAUCUUGCAUCUUGAUGAACUGAAAAAACGAAAGCGCUUACUUCGUAGACUAGGAUAUUUGUCCAAAAGUGAUGUGGUCGAAUUCAAAGGACGUGUCGCAUGUGAAAUUACGUCGGGUGAUGAAUUGGUACUGACAGAGUUGCUCUUGAAUGGGAUUUUCAAUGAUCUUUCUUCCGAAAAGACUGCCGCUUUGCUAAGCUGUUUCGUUGGUGACGAGUCUUCGGCUACACAAAAAGAACAACCUUCUGCUCCUCUCUCUGAAGAAUACGCUGUGCUUUUUCGACAAGUUCAAACGACCGCUCGAAAUAUAGCCGAUUUGACUGAAGAAUGUAAUAUUCCUAUUGAUAAAGAUGUAUAUCUUUCAGGAUUUUCUGCAGAUCUGAUGGAUGGAGUAUUUCAUUGGUGUAAGAAUGCAACUUUUAAGGAAACUUGUGCCCGUAUAAAUAUGUUUGAGGGCAAUAUUGUAAGAAAUUUUAGGAGCCUUGACGAAUUAAUACGGGCAAUGGUUUCGGCGGCAAAAAUAAUCGGCACAUAUGAAUUAGAAUGCAAGUUUUCCGAGUCGCGAGAAAAGCUUAGACGUGGAAUAAUUUUUGCUGCAUCGUUAUAUCUCUAA